AUGAAACAAAUUCUUGAAGAAAAAAUAACUACAUCUUCAUCAAUAUCGAAUAUUAAACAAGUUGACAAUUCAAUUAAUCAAAUCCUUUCAAAAUAUUCCAAUAAUUAUGAACAAUUAAAUAUAAAUCAAGCAAAAUCAUAUAUUAAAAAUGAAAAGAUUUUAAAUUAUAAUAAACAUGCCAAAGAUAUAUAUAAUUCAGAUCCAUGGAUUGGAAAAGAAUCAAAUUACGAUUCAAAUUUAAGAAUGAUUAUAGAUUCCAAACCUAAAGAAAAACCAAUACCUAUAAAUAUCAAACGUAAGAAACCUUCAAAUAAUGAAAAAUUAGCCAUAGCAAGAGAUAUUUCUCUUGAUUAUAAAAUUAACAAGAAAGAUAAUCAAGAUGAUGAUGAUGGAUUUAGAGAAAUGUAUAAAGAAAGAUUAUUAGGACCAUCAAUGUUAAUGAAUAAUAAUUUACAUUCAAUUGAUUUUGUUGAAAAUUUAGCAAGUAAUAAAAUUAAUUCAGUUAUAAAUCAAAAAACUGGGAAAUUUAAAGAUAAAGAAAUGAAUAAAAUUCGAGGUAAACCAUUAAAUAAAGAACAUUUAAAAAAUUGUAAUGAUUCAAAUUAUUUUAUGAAUCAAAUUUUAAAAAAUCAAAAUGUUAAACCAAUUUGGAUUGAAAAUCAAUUAUCAUUAGAUCGAAAUAUUGAAGAAUUUAAAUUUAAAAUUAAUGAAAUUUGGUUUAAUUGGAUGAUUUAUAAUUCUGAAUUAUCAAAUAUUAUUCAAAAUUCAAAAAUAAUUGAUAAUAUUGAAAAUGAAUUUGAUAAAAAAAAUUCAUAA